AUGCCCUCUGUCGUGGAGGACCCACAGUCUUACAACCCCAACUACACCGCGGUGACAUACGACAUGUUGACCCAAGGUGUGAUGGGGAAUCACUCAGGCUACUAUGUCGCCAUUGGCAUGGUACUGGUCUGUAUAUGGUUGUUUCAGCCAUCCAAGCCCAAGUGCAACGUGUCGGCGCCGCUCUACAAGUCAUCGAGGAUGAAGUGGAUGUUCAAUGCCGAUUCUCUGAUCAGGGACAGCUAUACACAGUUUCGCGACUGUGUCUACCAGAUCAAGGCCACAGAGGGAAUGAGGACUAUAAUACCAGCCAACCUCGUGGGCGAGCUGAAGGGGCUUCCAGAGAGCACCCUGAGCGCAGAGACGGCCGUCAGUGAGGCCAUGUUGAGCGAGUAUACUCAGCUUUCGGCGGGCGCCCACUCAGACACCUUGACGCUGCUCCUGAAGACCAAGACGACGCAGAACCUAGCUCGGAUGACGCCCAAGCUCAAGGAGGAGCUUGAGUAUAUCCUAUCUACUGAGUUCCCUGCGUGUGGAGAUUGGACGCCAUUCAAGAUACAACCCUUCAUGGUACGGACGGUAUCCCGUCUGAGUGGACGGACCUUCGUCGGGCCGGCGCUUUGUCGCACGGAAGAGUGGAUGGAUGUUAGCAUCAACUUUGCGAUCACGGCAUUUAUCGCCGUCAUAAAACUGCAGUUCUUCCCGCCGUGGAUGCGGCCAGCAGCACAGUAUCUGGUCUCAGAGCUUACGACCAUCCGGAAGGAUUUAGAGAAGGCACAAGCGAUGCUCAAGCCCCUUAUCGAGGAACGGACCCCUGACUCGGACACGGACGGCUACGAGAAGCCCGACGAUUUUAUGCAGUGGCUGUUGGAUGCUAUGCCCGACGAGCAGAAGAGCGAUUAUUUCAUACAAGCGAAGAUACAACUACUAUUAAGCGCAUCGUCGAUACAUACGACGAGUAAUCUGACGACGGACUGUAUAUACGACCUGGCGGUACAUCAAGACAUACAGGAGAUAUUACGGGAGGAGGCAUCCGAAGUCCUCGAGAAUGGGAACGAUUGGGACAAGAAGGAGACCAUGCCCAGGUUGAAGAAGAUGGACAGCUUCAUUAAAGAGUCGCUGAGGCUGUCCGGCAACGUCACUUCUUUCAUCCGCAAGGUCAUGAAGCCCAUCGACCUUUCAGACGGAACGCAUCUGCCGCCGGGCACCGACCUGCUCACCCCACUAGCAGGGGUCGCCGUGGACGAGCGAUUCUACCCGGAGCCGGAAAAGUUCGACGGCCUGCGCUUCUGGAAGCUGAGGCAGCAGUCCGAGGAGGCCCGGGACCGGUGGCAGUUCACGAGCAUUGGCGACACGAACAUGAACUUCGGGCUGGGCAAGCACGCCUGCCCGGGCCGGUUCUUCGCCGCCAACGAGGUCAAGCUGAUCCUGGCCCACCUGCUCCUCAACUACGAUAUCAAGCUGAAAGACGGCGAGGGGAGGCCCAAGCCGAAUAUGUUCAUGAUGACCAAGAGCCCGAGCCAGACGGCUGAGGUGCUGUUUAGGAGGAGAACGAACACAUGA